AUGCACGCCGGAGGUAGCUUGCCUGCAGCAGUGCAGUUUGAUGAAGGCGGUCAGCAGAAGAACGCCAAGACUCCACUUAGCCCUGCAGCCAAGAAGCCAAGCAUAUGGGCAGGCCGCGGUUUCAAUCGCGUUAACCCCGGUACCAGCCUCACGACCGUCAAUCACAGGUUUGGCAUUCUGCAACCCGUGGUCGUGGUUCAAGAGCAGGCGAAGUGCACAGAGUGUCGCCGCUGUCGCGAUGGCUACAAGCCGCAUCCCUGGCGCAAAGUGUGUCGCAAUUGCUUCUGCCUGACGGAACUACACGAAGGAGCGCUUGUUCAAGGCGGCAAUCAGUCCGGUCAUGGCAAUGGCCUGGCAAGUACCGGUCGUGUCGAGCCUGAUGAAGAUCGAGUCCAGGCUGUACGACAAGCAUUAGCCAGGGCAAGGCUUGGAGAGGCAGGGAUAUCUGCUGAUACGACACUGUGGCAAGCAGAAGAAGACGCUGACGUACACACUGUGGAUGAAGCGGCCGCCAUCAAGUACACCUGGACACCGAGGGGCCUGUACACAGCGGAUACUGUGGAGCGCUUCAUGCAAGAAUUGCCCAAAGAACUCCGCCCUGUCACCACCCCGCAAGGAAUCAAGCAGUGGCACCAGCUGCAGGUGAACCAAUUCCCACUGCACGACGUUAGCGUAGCUAAUAGCAACGACGACCAACAUGCGGCCACUGGCAGACAACAAUUCGUUGCGAUGCGCGAAAAGGAGUUUGCGGAAGGAACCGUCGUUUUGAGCAAGCCGAACGAAAUCUGCGAGCAUUGUAGCUUGGAUAUUGCUGAUGGCUCGAUGGCAGUUCACUCCGAAAAGCUUCCCGGUAAAGCGUGGCAUCCUUCCUGCUUCGUCUGCAGCACUUGCGACGAGUUCCUAGUCAACCUUGCCCAUUACACACAUGCCGGUAAGGCGCACUGUGGUCGCCAUCACGCAGAACUGACUCACCCGCGUUGUGCCGGCUGUGAUGAACUGAUCUUCGACAAACAGUACACGCUGGCCGAGGGUAAAUCCUGGCAUACGGAUCAUUUCUGCUGCUUCUACUGCGACAAGCGCCUGGGACUGCACGAAGAUGAGUACGUUGCGCAUGAUGGUCACGUGGUCUGCCUGUGCUGUUACGAUGAGCGACUAGCCAAGACUUGCCACUCCUGCGACAAGAAGAUUGGUGCUGGCGACAGUCAACUGUCUUAUGGCGAUCAUCAUUGGCACGAGCGUUGCCUGCGAUGCGAGAACUGCAGCGACCCAGUGAAUCCUGAAGACUUCAUCGUGACCCAGGGCAAGGUCCACUGCCAGAGCUGUUACGGAAACUUGUUCCUGGAGCAGUGCGCAAAGUGCGAGCAGGCGAUUACCGGUGCGUCAGUAAGCGCCAUGAAGGGCAAGAGGUAUCAUACAUGGUGCUUUCGCUGCUACGACUGCAACGCCGAGCUGGCGGGACAGAAGUUUUACAAGCGUGAUGACGAGUUGUAUUGCAAGUCUUGCUACGACACUCGGUUCGCAGUAGCUUGUAACCACUGCCCGGAACUUGUCCGUCGCGAUGGUGUUCGAUUCCGUGGAGCCAUCUAUCAUCGAAAGUGCUUCGAGGAGUUGAUGGAAAACUAAGAUAACACGUGACUACGAUAACACGUGACUAAGAUAACACGUGUAAUGGUUGAAGGAUCACGGACAUAUUCAGACUGUCUUGCACAUUCUUCCACUCUUCCUCUAACUCUCUCCACUACGUCCAUAUUUCAUCCAUUCUUGUCUUUGAUAACCGUUUGUAAUGUC